AUGUUACCACAAGAAGAAUCGAUUGCUAUUUUAAAACAAUUUCUUAAUCAUUUUAAAUAUGCACAUGUUCAACGUAUGACCGUUGAUGCUAUAGAAAGUUUAGUACGUAUUGUUUUAAUGGAAAAUGUUUUCAUUUAUGAAAAAAAAUAUUAUCGUCAAAUAAAAGGUGGUGCUAUGGGAUCACCAUUGACCUUAACAUUAGCAAAUAUAUUUAUGUGGCAUUGGGAGAAAACAUUAGUUGAACCACAAAGAAAUUCUAAUGAAUUAUAUGGCCGAUAUAUUGAUGAUAUCUUUUUUACAUCCAAUGAUUCAAUUGAUAAAGUUAACAAAAUGUUAGCAGAUGCGAAUAAACGUCAUUCAAAUAUUAAAUUAACUGCUACAAUUGAUAAUCCUAUUCCAUUUCUGGAUAUUCAUAUAAAAAAUACUGCCAAUAAUUUCAUUACUUCUGUCUAUCAUAAAGAAGCCGCUGAGCCAUAUGUUGUACCAUUUCAAUCUGACCAUCCACGACAUGUCUUUGUCAAUAUUAUUGAUUGUGCACUUCUUCGUGCUAUACGUUAUUCAUCAACGUUACAAGAAUUUAAUCAUCAACGACGUACUCUUAAAUUAAUGUUGCUCUAUAAUGGUUAUCCUACAAGAUAUAUUUAUAGUCGAUUCAAUAAAUUUUUUGCUAAAUGUUCUAUUACAUCGACAUCAAUUAUACCUAUGAUACAUGAUGAAAAUGAAUUUUUAUUUUUACGUCGUCAACUAUUAGAACAAGCAACUGUUCCUGAACAUCGACGAGCAGCACGCAUUCCCAAAACAAUGGAUUACAACAACUUUCAUUCAAGCAUCGAUCCAUUAGUCAAAGCAAAAUUAUUAAAACGACGAGAACGAGCGAAUUCUAUUAUUCUUCAUCAUACACAUGAAAAACGUUUUUCACAUUAUAAACGAGAUAUUCAUCGAAUAUGGAAUGAUAUAUUUCAUAAUACACCAGUUCAAACAACAAAGCUCAUUGUUGGUACUCGAAACAAUCCAAAUCUUUCCAAAGAACUUGUCCGUAGAAGUCCCUUCAUCAGGAAUCGAAACAAAAACAAUAAAAAACAAACCACCAACUGA